CACAUCCAUACAGUAUGAAACCCUAUGGGCCACAGAGGCGCUAGGAAAAUCACGGAGCGGGGACCUUACCACCUCUCUCUCGUUCCUUCUCUCUCUCUCUCUCUCUCUCUCUCUCUCUCUCACUCCCUCUCUCCUCUGGCCGUCAGCGGACUCCUUCUCUCUGCACACGUCCUUCCCUGAAAUGUGUGUGCGCGCGAGGGGGAGCGGAGGAUCAACGUGUGUGUGUGCGUGCGAGGGUGCAUGUCCGGAGCAAGUAGAGGCAGUGGGAUUAUUCGGCGCUAUCGAAAUAUUUCAACACGUCGCCCUCGCUGCAGGACCGAAGCCAAUAAGAGGGAACGCAUUUUAACAGGAAUGCCGACGUUGUAAACAGCAGCGGAGGGGCAAAGAAUGCACCGCGGUCAAUUAAGUGACUCACCCGAACUGGUUUAAUUCGACUAAUGUCCGCGAGCCGGCGAGACUCCGAGAGGUGUCCGAUGCGCGUCAGCCUCCGAAGAAAAUCGGUCUCGCAGCACUGCUGAAGAUUAAUGGAGAACAUUUGCUCACUUCUCCGCGCCGAGUUUUGACCCGAAAGUCAGCGACAAAAAGGGACUGCAGAGGGGUUUUCCCCAGCAACUCGUCAAAAAGAGUGGAUACUUAAAAGAGGAAUUUCCAAAAGCUUUCCAACUUCAGAUUUCACCUUUUCAAUCCUUUUUUUUGUUGUUGUUGUUGUUUGUAUUAUUUUCUCCUCGUUUGCUCCUCUCGUGCGCAAUCUUCAACGUCCUUAGAAAUAUUGUGUCACAUCCACAUCUGUUGCCUGCUCUUGGAUGAACUUCCUGAUGAGAGAUCCAGUCAUACAGGGAUCGAGUAUGGCAUAUCAUCCCUUCAUGCCUCACCGGGGUCCGGAGUUUGCCAUGAGCGCAAUGCUGGGCCACCAGCCUCCGUUCUUCCCGACCCUGGCGCUCCCCCACAGCGGCUCCCUCUCGCUGCCGGGCGCCCUGGGGAAGCCGAUCAUGGACCAGCUGAUGGGAGCCGCGGAGACCGGCCUUCACUUCUCUUCGCUGGGGCACCAGGCGGCGGCCGCCCACCUCAGGCCUCUGAAGACCCUGGAGCCCGAGGAGGAGGUGGAGGACGAUCCGAAAGUUCACCUGGAAGCCAAGGAGCUUUGGGAGCUCUUCCACAAGAGAGGCACCGAGAUGGUGAUCACGAAAUCCGGAAGGCGGAUGUUCCCCCCGUUCAAAGUGAGGUGCUCUGGCCUGGACAAGAAGGCCAAAUACAUUCUCUUGAUGGAUAUAGUUGCAGCCGACGACUGCAGGUACAAGUUUCACAACUCCCGCUGGAUGGUGGCGGGGAAGGCCGACCCCGAAAUGCCAAAGAGGAUGUACAUUCACCCGGACAGUCCGGCUACUGGUGAACAGUGGAUGUCGAAAGUCGUCAAUUUCCACAAGCUCAAGCUGACGAACAACAUCUCCGACAAGCAUGGAUUUGUAAGUUCAACUAAUACCAUUCUUAACUCGAUGCACAAAUAUCAGCCUCGAUUUCACAUCGUCAGGGCCAACGACAUUCUCAAGCUCCCGUACAGCACCUUCAGGACUUAUGUUUUCCCCGAAACGGAUUUCAUCGCAGUGACUGCUUAUCAGAAUGACAAGAUAACCCAGCUGAAAAUUGACCAUAAUCCGUUCGCCAAAGGAUUCCGUGACACGGGCAAUGGGAGGCGAGAAAAGAGGCUAACACGAGUCCCACUCCUGCACAGGAAACAGCUGGCCCUGCAAUCCAUGCGCUCAUACGAGGAGCAGCAGAAAAAGGAGAACGGGGCUUCUGACGACUCCUCUGGCGAGCAGGCUUCAUUCAAGUGCUUCGGCCAGGCCUCCUCCCCCGCCGUGUCCACCGUGGGGCCCCCACACCUGAAAGAUUUUGACAGCGACGAGGACAGCGACGACGAGAGCAAAGAUGGACACGUCAAGGACGGCCCGGACUCCAGCAAGAUCUCCACGACCACGGAGGACGGGAAGGACCACGAGGCGAGCCCGGCCAAGGGGCAUCCCUUCGGCAGCAGUGACUCGGGCAGCAGGGUCCGCGACAGCGGCCCCAGGACUGAGAAAAGCCAGGCAGACUCGCGGCAGAGCCCCAUCACCGUCAUCUCGAGCACCACCCGCUCCGGAGAAGACCUCAAGAGCCCGAGCCUGGAGCAGCCCAAAACGGACGAGUGCAGGUCCAUAAGCAAGGACAGCUUUAUGCCCCUGAGCGUUCAGACGGACAGCGCGCACAUGGGCCACGGCCACUUGCACAAUUUCGGAUUUCCAACGGGCCUAACAGGACAGCAGUUCUUCAAUCACUUGGGGAGUGCGCAUCCGUUUCUUUUGCACCCGAGUCAGUUCAACAUGGGCGGCGCGUUCUCAAACAUGGCUGCGGGCAUGGGGCCACUAUUGGCGGCCGUGUCCUCGGGAGGGGUGAGCACCAUGGACACCACGAGCAUGGCAUCGUCGGCGCAAGGCUUGGCGGGGGCGCCGGGCCUCCCCUUUCAUCUGCAGCAACAUGUCUUGGCAUCGCAGGGCCUCGCCAUGUCUCCGUUCGGCAGUUUGUUCCCCUACCCCUACACGUACAUGGCAGCAGCCGCGGCAGCCUCGUCCGCCGCCUCGUCUUCGGUGCACCGACACCCCUUCCUGAACGCGGUGCGCCCCCGACUCAGGUACAGCCCCUACUCCCUCCCCAUGACGGUACCAGACAGCACCCUGCUCACCACCGCCAUGACCUCCAUGGUCGGCGGCGGGGUCGAGCUGAAGGGGGACGGCGGCAUCGUGCCAGCCAGCCCGGCGUCCGCCGUCACCCUGGAUUCCACCUCGGAGGUGACCAGUCACUCGUCCACCAUGUCCCCAAAAACUUGCGCGGAGAAAGACGCCGCCAACGAGCUGCAGAGCAUCCAGCGCCUGGUCAGCGGACUCGACUCAAAUCAGGACAGGCCACGGAGCGGAUCCCCCUAAGACUCUUCUUUUAUCAUCAUCAUCAUCAUCAUUAUUAUUAUGAUUAUAAUUAUUAUUAUUUUUAAAACACACCACAUGCUUCUCGUUUCGUUGUCAUGAAAAGUGUUGACAGUGAAGAAGGGGGAGAAACUCUUGACUCUCGUCUCUCAUGCAGGUUUUUGAAAAGAAACAGAAAACUAAAAAAAAAAAUAAAGAUGAACUUUGGACGUUUUAGUUUCUGAAAUGCACUUUGGUUAAUACGCAUCUGAUAUGUAUAUGUUUAAUUUCUCUCUCUCUCUCUCUUUGUUAAAUUAAACAACACUUUUAUCUUGUCAUUUGAAUACCGUACAAGUAUUGAAACUGAAAAGUUGGCAUGGGUGUGUGACUUUGAGAUUUGGGAGAAGUUGCUGCUGUGUCCCGUCUCCCAACUUUAUUGUACACGAAACAGAAACGUGUUUUAAUAUGCACUCUGAAUUGAUCUGACUUAUUUGAAUUCACUACCGUUUAAUCUACCUUUUUAAAAAAAGACUGCUGUAUUUUGUUGUACACUAUUAAUUGACAGAUUGGCCAAAUGUUGCAUGUCCCCUUAUAAAACACCCACGAAUGUUAUUUUUAACACACACACACACACACACAACAACAAAAUGAAACGAAACGUCAGGAAAACAUGUUUUGAAUUAUUAUUAACACUUCCCAUUUCAUUUGGUUAAUUGGGUUUUAAAAAUACAUUUCCUUCAUGCCAUUUUAAUAUCAGACUUGUGCUCUGGGACAGAACCUUGGCCCGAGCACGUGGAAUUGACCCCAAAUAUCGAACAGGCAAAGGGAAGCAGAAAUUGAAAUACUAAAACAUAAAGAAAGGUAGCAUUGAUUAUAGGUGUACAUAGGGAUAUAUAAAAUAUUUAUGUAAUUAUUUCAUAUUGUUAUUGCGUGUAAAUACAACGGAGUAGUUUCUAUAGGGAUCUGUUCUUAAUUUAUUGUCGAUAUACCUGUGUAAAGAUAGUUUGUGGGCUAUUAUCCUUUUGUUGCCAUCUGCAUUUAUACCCCCCCCCCCCUCUUAAAAUAUGGACUUAAUCCCUCCCCCCAAAAAUAUCCACUGAUAGUUACUCACACUCAUGUGCCAUUGUAAUUUUCACUUGCUGUCCCCGUGUGUGAAGUGCUACUGUUGAAAACGAAUGGGAGGAGGCGACAACGCACUGCACCAAUGGCUUGGAAAAAAAAAAUCUUCCUAUUUUUUUGUAGAAGAGCAUAAAAAAAGUUGAGGUGUCGUUGGCGUGUGACUUAAAGUGGACUAUUUUUCUGCUAUAAAAAAAAGACAAAAAAGACUUUGCGAACCUGAUCGUGAAAGUGCCGCAUAAUCGAAAAAUAUGAAGGUUUUCUCUCUUUUUUUUUUGUGUUUCUUAAGUUGUCAGUGGGUUAUGUUGUAUUGGAGUUAUGUCUAGUUUACAACAUCAACAUCGUGUUCUUGAAAGUUUCAAUAAAAAAAAAAAUAUUGAAAUGUU